UCAUCUUCAAAUUCAUUCCACUUUAGCAUCUCUUUCACGGGAACUCAUUUCUGCCUUUCUUACAUUCCCAUCAAUUCACCAUGGAGAAUCCACAGGUUAAAGAGAUACUGGAGAAGCAAGUGCUGACGGUGGCGAAGGCAGUUGAGGACAAGCUGGACGACGAGAUCGCUGCCUUGGGGCGGCUAGACACCGACGAUCUGGAGGUGUUGCGAGAGCGGCGGUUGCAACAGAUGAAGAAAAUGGCAGAAAAGCGGAGCCAUUGGAUCGCUCUUGGCCACGGCGACUAUUAUGAGAUCCCCAAUGAGAAGGAAUUUUUCUCAAUCGUCAAGGCCAGCGAACGCGUCGUCUGCCACUUCUAUCGCGACAAUUGGCCUUGCAAGGUCAUGGACAAGCAUUUGAGCAUAUUGGCAAAGCAGCAUAUAGAGACACGUUUUGUGAAGAUUCAUGCUGAGAAAAGCCCAUACUUGGCUGAGAAACUGAGGAUUGUUGUUCUUCCUACCCUUGCCUUAAUAAAAAAUGCCAAAGUGGAUGAUUAUGUGGUUGGGUUUGAUGAGCUUGGUGGGACGGAUGGGUUUAGCACCGAGGAACUGGAGGAGAGGCUUGCAAAAGCUCAAGUAAUUAAAUUUGAGGGUGAAUCUUCUUUAAAUUCAUCAAGAUCCAGAGGUCAAACCAAGAGGAGUGUUCGACAAAGCUCAAAUGCUGACUCUUCAGAUUCAGAGUAAAUGAAGAGCUCAAAUGCAGACAUACCGGAUUCAGAGUAAUUGAAGAGACAGCUGCAUUUCCUUCAAUCAUGUUGUGAUUGAUUGGCCCGAGUUAUAUUGCAAAUCAUGUGGUAGAAAUUUCUUGCUGCGUGGUGGUGGUACCACAAUUUAGUCGCAUUGUUUAUCACACGGUGAAUACAGAGCGAAAAGCUUUACUGUUUUCUUAGUAUGGAAGUAAUAUUACUAUCUCGUCAAAGGCUUUUGUUUGUAUAUCUAUGCUAAGCAUAUUAACGCUA